AGUAAUUUUUUUCAUUUUUCCUCCCCCUAAUAUAGGAAAAUUUGUAAGCGGCGACCAUUCAGGCAGCCGAAAGAUGGCCGGCCCUGAGACUCUCCUCGAGGCAGCGCUUGAGGUGCUAAACACGCCGGAUCCCGUAGAUAAGGCCAGGCUCGGCAACAUCGCCGCCAAUCGCUGGCUGCAAGGCGAAAUCUCCAUUCCUUUCCGUCAAGAUGAAGAUCUCUCUGUUCCCAAUCGCCCAGCCCGUCUCUCCAAUGUAAGGCUGGUUGCUCCCAGUCUAAUGCCCAAGCUGGGGAAGGGGGGAAGCUUGCAGAGUCGCCAGACCAUGCUGCACAGCCUCGUCCACACGGAGAGCUGGGCAAUCGAUCUCUCGUGGGACAUCAUUGCUCGGUUUGGCAGGAAGGAAUCGAUGCCUAGGGAUUUCUUCACCGAUUUUGUUAAAGUGGCCCAGGAGGAAGGGCGACACUUCUUACUUCUUGCCAGGAGACUGGAGGAGCUGGGCUCGUACUACGGAGCCUUUCCCGCCCACGAUGGUCUCUGGGACUCUGCCAUCCAGACUUCCCACGAUCUCUCUGCCCGACUUGCCGUUGAGCACUGCGUACAUGAGGCUAGAGGACUGGAUGUUCUUCCGAGCACAAUCUCUCGUUUCCGCAAUGGAGGGGAUGAACCCACCGCGGCAUUACUAGAGAACGUCGUCUAUCCAGAAGAAAUUACUCACUGUGCAGCUGGUAUAAAAUGGUUCACCUACUUAUGCCGAAGGAGAAUGGCUCGGCAUCAAUCCCCAAAUAAAAGUUCUGUUUUCCUGAGCCCGGAAAAUGGCGCCGCCGAAGAACUCACAGAGCAACAAAAAGCUGAAAACCAAAGUGAUAUCUUUGUUGGGGACGUUGAGCAAAGUGUGGUGAUUGAUGCAUUUCAUGAUACUGUGAGGAGAUAUUUCAGAGGGCCACUGAAGCCUCCGUUUAAUGUGGAAGCAAGGAGGGCUGCAGGUUUUGGACCAGACUGGUAUGAGCCUUUAGCUUUUAGAGCUGAUUGACUGCCACCGUUUUUGUUGCAUUCUCAAUAGCUAGCUGCUCAUUUCUUCUUGCAUUUCUUCUGGUUAUAGGUUGGUUUGA